ACCAAAACAUACUUACUGCUGAUUUUCGUCCUGGGCUAAAUAAUGUGUUGCAAUAAUACGGAUUAAUGAUUUCAAUUCACCAUUAUUGCCAUUAUUCAGUAACCAGUAAUCAGUAUCCACUAUUCUCACCUUCAUAAUAUCAUUAAAUAAAUAAGUUUUCACUAAUUCACUUUUCCAAGUAUAAAUUAUUCGUUCAAGUGCAUAAUAUAUUGUAAAUUUUUGCUCACAUAAUGGCUCUGUAUUUAAGAAGUGUACACAGACUAUGCACAGCUAGACAAGCAAUGUCUUUCCAAACACCGACAAUACACCGUAUGAUUACCAUGCAAGUGAAAACUGUUCAAGAAGUUGAGGGCAAAUCAAAAGAGACUCAUGAUGACAAAAAUAACCGCCUUAAUAGACCUAUGUCUCCUCACUUGACUAUUUAUAAGCCUCAAUUAACAACCAUGUUAUCUAUUACACACCGUGGAACUGGAGUGGCAUUGAGUGGUGUUACUGCUGGAUUAGGAGCAUUAUUCAUUUUCACGGAUUUGCCGACAUUUGUGCAAUUUGUGCAUGGGUUGGAACUACCAUCAGCCGCUAUUAUGUCAGCUAAAGGAUUAGUUGCUUAUCCAUUCUUCUAUCACCUAUGUAAUGGUAUUAGACAUUUGGUGUGGGAUGCUGGUAAAUGUUUGACCAUCAAACAAGUUUAUUCAACUGGAUAUGGUGUGAUUGUCGGUAGUUUACUUCUAACAGUAUUGUCUUUAGCUUAUACUACAUAAAUAAUAAAACAACAAAUUGUUCAGUUUCUUACUUUAUUAUACAAAAUUAUUCAUUUAAAAUAAAAUAUGUUUGUUCAAAUUAAUGUAUUAUACAGUUUAUGUUAUAAUAUUUUAGUUAUCUCAAUAUUUAUUUGCCAGAUAGAAUAACAAGUUGUAUAAGUAAUAUAGUUACAUUAUAUUGGUAUGUAUGUAAUACGUAACAUUUUUUUAAAUCAUUACAAAAAUAAUAAUGUUAAAAAUCA